GCUACGCAACUAAUUUAACUGCCAAGCUUACCUCUUCAAGCUGUGAAGCAACAAUAAUCAUGAUCCUCAUCACAAAAGAAAGCUCACACGGGGUGCCUGACAAGAGGCCCGAUCACAGUUUUGGAUCAUCACUUUGAAUGAAAUAAAUGUGGGCACAGAGAGCGAGAGAGAGAGAGAGACCAGCGCCGUGCACAGCUGCAACGGGAGAGAAGAAAAGCAAAACCGUGUGUGUGUGUUUUCAUAAGCGGAACUUAGCCGUGAGAGCAGAGUGGGGGAUGUCGGGCAGAAGUGGAGGAGCACCUCAGGGGUGCAGCAACCCCAGCCUGCAGCCCCUCAGAGCCACGGUCCCAUACCAGCUCCAGAGGAGCUCAGCUCUGCUCUGCAGAGAGGCCAAGACAGCUGACAAAACCGCAGCCCGUCCACCUAAACCCACCAUCCGCAGAACACUUUCUUUGGAUGCUAUUGUUGGACCCUAUCUGCAGGGACAGUGGCCCAAAGAGGCAGAGAGCACAACGGCUAUCUGUGCCAAUGACAAAGCCACACAGACUCCAAGUUCCUGGGCAGAGGAGACCAAAGGCAGAAGAAGCGUUGGAGGACACAAGCGCUCAGCAUCAUGGGGCAGUGCAGAGCACCUGAGGGAGGUGGCCAAGCUGAAGCAUCAGUUGCAGAAGCGCUCCCGCCAUGCCCCUCCGUCAGCAGGAUACGAGCUCCCCAAUCACUCCCUGCCGUUAGGUCACAUAGCAGGCAUCAGUCAGAUGAUGCCCUUGAUGCCGCUGAACAGACUUGCCCCACGACUGCGGCGUAGCGUUGAAGGCCUGAACUUGGAGCUGGAAGAGGUGUUUGUGUCUGAAAAACCUGAUGAGAUUUUGGAUAUCCCAGAUGGCCACAGGGCUCCUGUCCCUGCCCAGAGAUGUAGCAGUGGCUCUCAGAGUGAACCUUCCCCAGGGCCCCUGGAUCCUUCUCUCCUCUCUCCUUCCCAGUCCCCCUGUCCUCUAGAUCCAUUACUUCUGUCACCUUCAAGUUCCCCUUGUCCACUGAACUCAGAGCUUUUAUCUCCAUCACAGUCUCCCUGCCUCAUGGGAGAGCCAGAGCUGGUGGAGUGUGAGACCCCGUGUCCCUCACCGUCGACAUUGCUUCCUUCAUUUGCACUGGAUCCUCCCCUCUUCCAGCACUGCUCCUCCUCUCCUCGUCCAAACAAAACCUAUUCCUUCCAGCGCGAGCCACCAGAAGGAUGUGAGCGAGUUCAAGUGUGCGAUGAGGCAAUGUCUGCUUGUCAGGAUGAGCCGCUCCUCCAGCCAUCCUGCCCUGACCCCAAUAAAGUCAAUUUUACCCCUCAUGGAGGAUCUGCUUUCUGUCCUGUCAGUUUUCUGAAGCCCCUCCUACCGUCCAUGGACCUCCUUUUUCGUGGCCUGUCAGUGUCCCCUGUCACUGGUUGCCCAGGUCAAGCCUCUCCUACCAGACACCUGGGCAUGCAGUAGGUGAAUAUCUGAGAUGAGAGCCCCUCUCAGGACUAACCCGCACUGCACUACCAGUACCUGGAAAGACUAGAUGUGUUUUACAUGCAAGUGUUCCAGCAGAUACCUUUGCUUGCCUGACGCAACACUGCUGUAACAUGCCAUGAUCACUGUGAUCAAAAUAAGAGGCUUUGUGAUUGUAGGUAUUUGUUGUUAUCAGUCUUUAGAAUAACUUUGACCCUGAUUAUUUUUUAACCUGAAGGAUGCUUUGAUUCAGCUGAUGUUUGCCUCAUCAGUACUUUAACUGUCCUCAUACUUCCUCCUAUGGACUGUGGGCUAAACUACCAGACUUUUUUUUUUAAACAUUGUUUUUUUUCUUGUCUUUUUUAAAAUAAAACUGAA